AUUUUAGCUCUAGGGUGUGAUGCAGAUGAGGCAUAAGGCUGCGCAAAAGCGUGACACAAACAGCGCAAGCGAGUCCGAGGGCACCGAUGAAAGACUCUGCUCUCUACAGCAUCUGAGCAUUACGCUCACCUCGAAGAAAGCCGCAGCGGAGCGAUGCAGGCACCGCAAAUGCUAGCCCUGCUCAGCAUGGCUCACGCCACCGCGCACACGCGCGCACGCGUCGCACGCGUCGCACGCGUCGCCGGCCCCGCCACGGGUGCGCGAGGCCACGCGCUGUCGCCUCCGCGCGGACGCGCGCCACCGCGCCGCUCGCCCGACGCCGCGCGGGACCGACGCCCGACGCGGGACGAGGCUCUCGCUCGCCCCGCCUGGGACCGCUGCACGCGCCGCCUCGCCGUGCAGCGCUGGCUCGGCGCCACGGCCGCGGCGAGCGCUGCUGCGGGCGCCGCCGCGCCCGCGGUCGCCGCGGGCAGCUACGACGCGCCGGACCUGAACGAAGUGUCGGGCCUCGUCGUGCUGCGGGUCGCCCAGGUCGCCGACUUCCAGGAGAAGCUGCUGCGGGAGGUCGCCAAGGGCUCGGAUUUAGGCGUCCCCGUGACGCCGCAGCAGUUCAUGUUCGGCACGGAGCUCCUCCUCGAAAAUUCGAAUCUGGACGGAAAUAUAAAACUUAUGAUCCGCGAGGAGGUGCCGCGGGACCGCAGGGACGAAGCGCUGAAGCGCGCGCCGCAGACAAUGAACGCGCUGUUGGCCAUUUCCGGCGCCGCGGCCAGGAUCGCCGACGCGGGACGCUUCCAGCUGACGCCCGACGACGCGCGGGAGCUCGCGGACCUCUACCGCAACUUCCGGCGGGAACUGCUUUUAUUGUUCGCGACGCUGCCGCCGGAUGCGCAGAAGCGCUACUCGGGCUACGCGGACGCGCUGCUCGCGUACGAGAAGGACCUGACGCGCGACUGCAAGGGCGGGGCCGCGGGCGGCUGCCUCACGGAGGACGACGAGCCGGCGCCGCCUGCGAAGGGCUCUCCAAAGGCGGGCCAGGCGCCGCGGGACCUGGCGAAAGCCCUCGAGGCGGCGGACGCGCGCGGGGACCUGGAGAGCGCCGCGGCGCCCGAGGCACCGCCGGCCUGGGUGCCGCCGGCCGCGAAGCCCGCGCGCGGGUCCUUCGCGGCCAUGGCGGCGGGAUACUAAUGUGCAUAGUGUGGCUCCCCUCAGCAGACGCAGGACAGGACUGGGCUCUAUUGUACUUAGUACGUAGGACUAGUGGGC